GGAAAAUUAAAAGUGAGUGAAAACAUUUGCUUUAUGCAUUAUGGCACACAUAAGAACAUUUAGGGUCUUUUUAUCUUUAUUUUUCAUUUCCCUUCAGAAAUCCUAAUUGCAAGCAUGCAUAAGUCUCCAGCAAUAGGGGAUAUGUACCCAAAAAAGUUAUAGUGUUCACAUGGACAUGUAUGGAAAAUUUUAAGAACCAACAUAAAAUUUUCACCUAAGAUGACACUAUUUCAUGGUGUUAUUGAUGAUAAGAAUGGUUGAGACUUGAGAUGAAAAUGUUACGGUAGAUGUGCAGGCAUACAAGAAAAGAUAGAAUAAAAAAUGUAAUCAUUUAUGAUAAGGUUGGAGUGAUGUCUAUGUUAGUGUUGUGUGCCCUAAUACUAUAUUUGAAUGACACAUAGUGGGCUUGUAAUUAAUAUAUUUAUUAUAUCUUUGCAUAUAUUAAUAAAAUACAUGAUUUUCUUUAUUCAUAUUCUCUUCAAUCAAUUAUAUGAACGAGUCUCUAGAGCUUUUGUUUGAAAAUUUUAUUCUCAAGAUGUUGAGAUUGUGUGACACGAUUAUCUGAUAACAGAAUUUCUUAAAUUAUUUCUAGUCCUUAGAUUCUUUGGAUAGAGACUCCGAUUAAUCGAGUAUGGACAAACACAAGGGUUACUACUUCAUUCAGUAUAAGAUAUUUACGAGAGAAUGGUGUGUCACCCAUUAUAUGACAUGAGAUGUCACUAGUAGAUCUAUGGGUGGUCGUUGGAGAACGAUCAGCUGAAUGUGACAUGAGAUGUCACUAGUAGACCUGCAGUGGUGUCGUUGAUCUUUGGACUUGAACUGACACAGUUGUUUUGUGUAUUGGUGUACGAGAUUUACUAAUGAACCGAAUCAUUCAAUUACGAGAUUUGCUAAUGAACCGAACCAUUUAAUUGAGAAGUGGGAACAUUCACCUAUGUGGUUCUGUAUUGCUGGUAUAUGGAGGCAAGUGUUGAGGAUAUGAUACAUCACCCUCGUCAGUAGUUGAUGGGGUGAACGUUUUAUAUGAUCUACUGUUAGUGUGACGAGACAGUUCCUGGACAAGACAGAUUGAAUGUCAGGAAAAAAGUUUCUUGAGGUGUUAUUUAGUCACAUUGACGAGGUCAAACACAUAGUUAUUGAGUUUGUAAGUUUAUCACUCCAUGGCUCUCAUUUAGUCGGGGCGUUAGGUGAUGCAAAGAUUAUAGCACACAAUAAUCGUCAACUGUAAUAGGUUCAUUUGAAGUGAGACUUCACUUAUCACUUAUAUUGUCUUAAAACGUUACUAGGCGCUAUUCAAGAACUAUCGGAUCGUCAUCAGGAUAUUGAGAGAUUUCGGUGAUAGGUCAAGGGGUUGUCUGGUACCGAAAGAGGUUUUGGUGCCAUCUGAUUGCAAGCGGAUAAUGAACCUAGAAAGUUACACACCAUAUAGUGUUGCGUUUGGUAUCGACAUCGUGUGCCUAAAACGUCUCAGGAGAUUCUAGGUUAAAAGUCAACCUGGUGGCCUUGAAAGUUGACUCUUGCAUUCAAGAGAAUUGACUCUCAGGGGGCAUUGAAAGUCGACUCAUACUGCUUGGAGAGUCAACUCUCGGUCCCAACUGCCUGCCAGCCCAAUUAAGUGCCACGUGGCGUAAUAAUUGAAGUGGCUGGUGGGGGUGGGCGACGGAUUUAAAGGAAGAUUAAAUUGGAGGAGGAAGAUAUUAAUUAUUAAGGGAGAGGGUCAUCUGCAUUAAUUCGCGCUUUUGUUUUCUUAUUCCUCUGCUUCCUCUGUAAAAUUUUGCAGCUGCUAGAAAUUAAUACUCGUUAAGAUUACAUUGAAAAAUUGAGAUACAAGUACUAGUGAUACGAGAAAUCUCUGUGUCUAGCACCGGAAGAGGUGAUUGGAACAGUACUGAAGUACUAUAUAUUAGGUGUGAACGGACUAAAACUACCACAGCUUGAGGGGGAGUCAGUCUCAAUGUAGAAAUAAUUUUUGUACUCCAUCCUUACAUCGGAUUGUAGGUACGCAUUUAUUUAUAUUUAUUUGAUGAAUAUGCUUAUUGCUUAAAUAUCCAAACAGUGUAUGGUGCGUAUGUUUAAUUAUAGUAUGUGUAUUUGAUACAUGGUAAAAUUUUAUUUUUAUCCAUACCAUAUACGUGAUUUCCUUUAGUUUAUCAAAGAUAAGACGCAAAUCACAAUUAAAAUUAUUUGGACAUGCGAGAAAAAAGAUUGAUGGUAAGACAAGGAUAUGUGAGCCAAAGGGACGAAAUAGAAUAAGUUUGUAGCAAAAGAUUGAAAGGAAAAUAAAAAUAAAAAAAUUUGACGAGAAAUCUUUAAACAUGACAUAAAAUAUAAUAUCUUCACAAAAAAUAUGUUCCUCUAUACAAUAGAUGGAUGGAGGGCUAAAAUUCAUACAACCAACCCCAUCAGUGAGAUUAAGCCUUGUAAUGGUGGUAGUGAUUGUGGAAUUGAUCACUCAUCCAUGUGGAGCACCAGAAAAAUUUCUUUACCAUCACAUGUCAGCUUCUGUUUCUUUAAACAUUACACAGGACCUAUAUAUAUGAUGAAGAAUAUGGACCUAAAGCUAAAAGUAGCACCAUUACUAUUUUCUUUGAUAAAUAAAAAGGCAUCAAGGAAAUAACUGCUAAAAAGAGAAAGAAGUCAUCAACAAAAGUUACAAAGCACAAGAAUUACUGUGGGGGCAAAAAGGAAUCCUCCUAAGCCACAAAAUUUGUGAAAAAAAGGGGGAGGGGGGAGGGGGAGGAAAAUGGUUAAUUUUCCCUUAUGGUGACAAAACUGACUGCUAAAUCCCUAACAAAGCUAUCAGAAGUAAAAGAAUUUGUUGCAAAAUAAGAAUCCCGCAGGAAUAAUGCCAAGCAACAAAAUGUUAAGUAUAAUUAACUUAGCCGGAAAAACAAAAACUAAAUUAUUUAUAAGGCCUGCAUGAGAAGCCAUGUUUUGGUGAUAAGCACAAGAAAUGGAUUGUUUUCAAUGAACAAAAUGGGUGAUUUCAACAAGUUAGCCAUACUAAUUAUAAUCUUUAAUUUUACUAGGUAAAAUCGAUUACAUAAUUUUUAAAUUUCCGAAUUAUCUCUAUAUUUUUAGAAUGAGAUAUAUGUUAGCGAUAAAUUAAUUUAACUCAAUCAUCGUUUAUUCGGCUUAGAACUAGUUGCGUAAGAAAAACACAUUUAACAUCAAAAUUACCCAAUUUAAUAGUUUCGUCAUGAGUUUGAUAUUUUCCUUUUGAUGUAAGCCAGUAAACAAAAAUAUCAUAACUCUGGUAAUUUAAAAAACAUGAAGUCAGACUAUUUUCUAGGAAAAUAAACAAUAAGUCAGACCAAUUUCUAGGAAAAGAAAGAACCUGGAUAGAAAAUUCAUCUGCUUGGUGCAAUGGCCGGCCAUGGCUGAACUUCACAAGGCUUCUUCCUCGUCUUUCUAGCAAUGAGUCAACUUGGACAGAAAGGGUGAGGGAUCAUACAUAGCAGAAAAAAUAAAGCAAAAAAAACACUAGUCUUGAUAUUUUCCAGCUGAUCAUCAUCCAUGAUACCAAGCAAUAGAAACAGAACCAGUCCCAUGGAUUAGCAUAUUCGGAUUAGAAAGCAUAAUUUCAAUUGAAAAUUGUAAAUGAAAUGUGUUGGCAUGGAUGAAUUAUCUAUAUGUUCUUCUAGUUCAAGACGAAUUAGAUCUCAUCUCUCUACUAUAAAUAGCUACCCCCUAUGCUAGGCCAGAGCAACAAAGGCUGAAAUCGAGUUCUAAGAUGGCAACCAUGGCACCAAAGCACGAGUUGGUUUUGAAAUUGGUGUGUGUGUUUGCCACUCUGUAUGUGGCAAUGGCAGGAGAUCCAGACAUCCUGACUGAUUUCAUCGUCCCGCCAAACAACCCAGUGCCUGACGGGAAUCUAUUCACCUUCACGGGGUUUAGGAGCCUUGUUGGGGCACCAGAGCCGCCAAACUUCAAGGUGAUAAAAGCCAGCAUGGCUGAAUUCCCAGCCCUCAACGGCCAGAGUGUUUCAUAUGCAGCUCUCAUAUACCCGGCCGGCUCUGUCAACCCGCCCCACACCCAUCCCCGGGCAGCUGAGCUUCUGUUCGUCCUUGAUGGUUCUCUAGAAGUUGGCUUGGUUGACACCACCAACAAGCUCUACAACCAGACACUCCAAGUGGGUGACAUUUUUGUGUUCCCCAAGGGACUUGUUCACUUCCAGUACAACAGUGAUCCCAGCAAAUCGGCUCUUGCCAUCUCUGCCUUUGGCAGUGCAAGUGCCGGGACUGUGUCGCUUCCUGGCACAGUCUUCAACACCACCAUCCCCGAUGCAAUCCUGGCGAAGUCUUUCAAAACUGACGUUCCUACCAUUCAGAAGCUCAAGGCUGGACUAGCACAGUAGCCUCAGAAAGAAUGAACAUGGACUAAGGGAAUAAAGUUCAUUCUAACGUACUAAAUAAAUCAUCUUCUGGCCAAAUGACUCAAAAAAGUAUUUGUACUGAAUUAUUGCAU